AUGGACGUGUGGAAGAAACAAGAAGCGAUAUUGGACCGAAUAAUACCCCUACGAGGGAGGCGACCGGUUUUGCUCGAGUACCGCUCGUCGAAGGUCUUCAUCUUGUUUGCCGUGUGCUGGUCGGUCUUCACUGAUGUCUUUCUGUACGGGGUCAUUGUCCCUGUGAUUCCAUUCGCGCUCCAGGAACGAGUUCAUGUAGCCGAAAAGGACACUCAACAUUGGGUAUCGGUGCUUCUGGCGGUAUAUGCAGCGGCAUUGCUGUGCUGCGCGCCAAUUUUCGGAUUUAUCGCAGAUCGCACACACUCGCGAAGAGCUCCUCUACUGGUGGGCCUCAUCGUCCUUGCGGGAUCGACUCUGAUGCUAUGUUUGGGCACGACGAUCCCGGUCAUCGUGGUGGGGAGGUUGUUGCAGGGUGCUUCGGCUUCGGUCGUGUGGACGGUGGCCCUGGCACUCAUGGCCGACACGGUCAAGGAGGAAGAAGCCGGUCACGCGAUCGGGUAUGUCAGCAUGGCCACCUCUUUGGGUGUUUUGGUCGCCCCGUUGGUCGGUGGAGUGGUGUACGAGCGAGCAGGAUAUUACGCUGUGUUUGGUGUGACGUUCGCCGUCAUUGGACUGGAUAUUGGUCUGCGACUGACCUUGAUUGAGAAGAAGAUUGCUGCGAGAUGGUUGGAACCGGAAGCUGCUGAAAACAGGCUAUCUCGCGGCGACGUUCCCCUGGAGGCAAUGCCGCAGCCGGCUGCUGUGGAGGAGAAGACUACCCUCGCUGCAACCACCGCGACUCCCAGUGCGCAGCCAAAGCGAAAGUUGCCCGCCCUCCUGAUCCUUCUGAAGUCGAAGCGCAUCCUGGCCGCGGUUUGGGGCAAUCUUGUCGGCGCGAUGACCUUUUCGGCCAUCGACGCCACUCUUCCGCUCUAUGUCAAUCAGAUCUUUGGAUGGAACUCUCUGGGUGCCGGUCUGGUCUUCAUUGCUCUUCUUGCCCCAAGCUUCGCAGGGCCCUUGAUCGGCAUUUGGACCGACAAGUAUGGUCCCCGCUGGAUCGCAGCGUCUGGCCUUUUGCUCUGCAUCCCCUUCUGGGUCUUGCUUCGACUCGUGGAUCGCGACACCACCGGACAAGCCGUACUGCUUUGUGCCCUUCUGGCGCUUCUUGGGGCCGCGACUGCUCUGUUGCUGACUUCGUUGAUGGCGGAGUUUAGCAAGGUCUGCGAUGUGAAAGUGCGACAAGACCCUGACCUAUUUGCCGGCAGAUCCGCGUAUGGUCAAAGCUAUGGCAUCUUCAACGUGGCAUGGGCCGGUGGCAGUUUGAUAGGGCCGCUGGUUGCGGGGGCCAUCAGGUCCGCGGCUGGCUGGAAGACGAUGACUUGGACGAUGGCUGUGUGGUGCGCAGUCGGCAUUCCCCCGACCAUUCUGUACUCUGGAGGAAUGCUCACGAAGAGGAAGAGGCGGAGCCAAAGCAACGACGUUCAAGUUGACGCUGGGGUGUCGAGGGAGGAAACCGCGUGA